GAAACGAGGUUCGACGGUUUUAGCGCUCGAAGUAUCGAAGGGAGGAGAUUCGUCGUGAGGGAGUAAUUUGAUCUCUUAUUUGCGCAACAAUCGUUUCGGGCGCGCCGAAAAGUCUAGACGUCCACGUGAUCGGUUAUAGCCAACCGGAACGAGUCUCCUCGCCGGCGUCGGCCAGACCAUCCGGGAAGAGUUCAUUUCCAACCGGGUGGGUUAGUAUAAUCGAGUCCUCGCAUUUUGGCAAUUUUUCGGCAUAAGACGCGUAAUUUAUUACGCGCAUCGGUUAUAACAGUUGUAAGAAACGUCUCCGAAUAAAGGGAAGACGGGAGAGCGGGCCCGAACUGAUCGGAAGAUCUCCCAGAUACCUUCUCCUCCCGCCCGAAUGCCAGGCUCCGGGUUGUCGAGUGGCGACCGUGGCCGAUUCGUCGGGUCGCGGUGGUGUGUGUGUGCGAGCGGAGCCGUCUGUCCGGAAUAGCCCCGUGCGCGUGCUCGUGUCUGGCGUGCGUUUGUGUGGUCCAGAAGACGAAAAGUGCAUUCGGAUGGUGUUGCCCGAUUCGGAUACUCCGGGAAGACGCCGGUCGGGGCAAAGCGAGUGCCCUCGCCCGUCUCCGAUGUGAACCCGUGGUCGGCGACCACGGGGUCGGAUGAGACGACGGGUGCCGAAGGUGAAGACAGACCGCCGAAAUUAUGUUGCGCUUUCAUGUUUCGAUCUAGGCGGAACGCGUUAGUGAAACGCUUGUGGAAACACCGGCUGCCGGUCGACGAGGACGAAUCCGCCCGUCGGCUGGAGACCGAAGUCAAAUUCGUGGUGCAGAACAUGCUGAAGAGACUCAAGGAGAGCCAGUUGGAGUUGUUGGUGCAAGCGGUGGAGAGUCGCGGCUGCGACGUCACCGGCUGCGUCCUGGUGCCGAGAGGCGAUCUCCGCUUGGGACGGAGGACCCUACCGCCGCACGUGCUCUGCUGCCAGCUGUGGAGGUGGCCCGAUGUCCGGCAGCCCUUCGAACUCAAGUGGUUGCGUUGGUGCGACGCCGCCGACGAUCCUCUGUACAUAUGCUGCAAUCCAUAUCAUUGGAGUCGACUCUGCAAGCCAGAAUCGCCGCCUCCUCCCUACACAAGACACGCCCGAGAAGCGGAGUCCGAAGCGGAACGGAUGACGCCAGUUGCCGGGCUACCUUCGUCGACGGCCGCCGCCGACGCAUUCGUUUACUUCGAGGGAAGGACGUUCGACGCCGAGGACCCAGGCUCCCACCCUCCUAGUUACCCAACCACAGGUGAGAACGGAGCCUCCGACGCCUGGUGUAGCGUGGCCUACUGGGAGUUACGAACUAGAGUGGGUCGAUUGUUUCCGGUCAGCGGCGACCGGGUGGACGUCUUUUCCGAACUGCCUCACGGUGACGGCCUGUGCCUGGCCACGCUGGCCGGACUCCACUCCACUCGCAACGAGAGCGUGCUGAGGACCAGAGACAAGAUAGGACCGGGCGUCAGCCUCUCCAGGGAGGCGGACAGCGUCUGGCUAUACAACCGCUCCGACCAUCCGGUCUUCGUCAACUCGCCCACCCUCGAGCGGCCCGAGGCGGGCGCUCCCACCGUCUACAAGGUGCCGCCCGGAUACUCCAUCGAGAUCUUCGAUUACCGCAAAUCCGAGUAUCGCAGGGCCCGCCUGGCCGCCGGUCCGGCCGAACGUUCGGACGGUCCCGUCGACCCCAACUCCGUCAGAGUCAGCUUUGCCAAGGGCUGGGGACCCAAAUAUUCGCGCCAGUUCGUCACCUCCUGUCCCUGUUGGCUGGAGGUACUGCUGGCCCGUCCGCCCAGGUGACCGAGUCUGCGCCCUUCUUCCCGGACUCUCCUCUUUCGGCGGCCUCCCGCCCGAGGCGCCGCUCCUCUUCUCCUGUAUAUAGAGUGUACAUAUUUUUGUCACGAUUUCUGCCGCGGACGCGUAGCUUGUAUAGAUUGUACGGUCGUAUCGACUGGUAUCCGCGGGACCGGGCGCAACGGCCCGCCCGCCCCAAUUUCUAUCGGAAUAAAAUCGUUUCCGUCGAA